CAAGGCAACAAUCUUAGAGACACAAUUGCACAACAAAUGUGGAUUGAUUAUCAACAACAUAGAAGCAAUUAGUGAUGCAUUAGAAUAUGUUUUAAUGUUAUUGGGAUUGGAAUAAGUUCUUAGGAAAUGUAGUUUGUACUAGUUAUGAUGCUUUAAUGUUAUUCGAAUAUGCUUUCAGUUAUGCUUUAAAAAUUAUUGUUGUUCACAAUUAUGCUUUCAUGUUCUAAUUAUGCUCAUGUUAUAAGUUACCAUGCUUGGAAGGGGGUCUCCAAGAUUAAACAUGCUUGCAAGGGGGUCUCCUAGAUUUAACAUGCUCUUAUCUAAAGGUGCACAAAAGAAAAAAAAUCUCCUAUAGCUACUGCUUCAAAGACACAUGGAGGCUCUCCAAAAGGUAUACAUGUUGGUUCUUUCUGAUUAGUUUUGGUUCUUUCUUAUGUUGCUUAUGUGUUGAUUUGCAGGGAAAACAAGAGCAAAUUGGAAUUCUAUGUUAGAGAAGACCCUUGUUGACUUGUUGCAUGAACACAAUACACCUGAAUAUAAGGGUAACAAUGGUUGGACACCCGAUGCAUGGAACAAGAUUGCCAAGGAAUUUCAAGAGAGGGAAAGAUAUGCAGGUUUCUCAAAAGUUCAAAUCCAAGAAAAGGAAAAGGAGUUAAAGAGAGAUUACAGGAUGUUGAAAGAUGCGAGGAAACAGAGCGGAGUUUCUUGGGAUGAGAAAAGGUGUAUGAUUCAAGCUGAUCCACCGAUAUGGGACAACAUAAUCAAAUCAUUUCCAAGGGCUAAAAAAUUCCGCAACAAAUCUUUUCCUCUGUUUGAAGCUUUGGGAGAGCUACAUGAUGGUAAUACUGCUGAAGGGACCUACAACUUCACUUCUACUCAACCAAAUGGUCCAGAUCUCACACAAAUUGGGUUUGGAGAUGUUCCUAUCAAUGUAGAAGACCGUGAAGAUGUGGGAGACCCUUUGGCAGAUCACAGACAAAAUGAAGUAGAAGACAGAGUGUAUGAAGUUGAAGGAGUUGAUGUAAAUGCUGAUAGGCAUGAUGAAAGGUCAAAAAGGACUUCUGCUAUUUCAAGGAAUGAAGAAGGAAAAGAACCAAAGAGGCCGAAGAAGAGUUCCAACAUAGAAGUAUUGAUGGAGAGGUACCUAGACAUUAGAAGCAAACAAGCUGAAGAUGAAGCGACACAAUUGGCAAGAGAAAGGGAGGCAAGAGGAGGUGAUGAUUUCUCAAUUAAGAAUUGCAUAGCAGUUCUAAAUACAUUGGAAGUCACAAAAGAGGAGAAGGUCAAAGCAUAUAAGGUGUUCAAGGAUCCUGACAAUCGACAGAUAUUCUUGAGUGCAUGCAAUGAUGAUAGAGAGGCUGCAUUGAUGUGGUUGAGGGAUGAGAUGGCUUAGCAGGUAUACCUAAGGUUAACUACAUAUUUUAACUUGGUUUUGCAUACCUUUCAUUAUUAAGAGGCCAUGUAUGCUAUUAUCAACGUCUUAGAUUCUUAGGAUCAGUACAGUAGUAAUCCUUUGGUCAUUUUGCCUAACUUGUUGUCCUAGUAAAAAGUAGCUACAUUAAUUAAUGAUACAAAUAUCCGGUUAUUCCUAUCCAAUUCCAACAUUUUCAGCUACCCCAGCAAUUUGAUGUUGGAUAUUUGACAGUUUUUUCAGCUACAUUAACUAAUGAUUGCAGACUAUGUUGCUGACAGUUUUUGCCUUUAACCUGCAAUGUAUAGACUCUUACAUAUGAUUCUUGCAUUUGAUUUACUAUCAAUCGCUUUAACCUGCAAUGUAUAGACUCUUACAUAACUUCCUGUAAUACUAUCAAUCGCUUCUGUUCAGUCUGAAACAACUGAGGAAUAAGAUGUGCAACUGCCAAACAUGGUUUUUGGUUUGUUAUCUGCUUAAUCUUUAUUUUGCCAACUGCCAAAUAAGAUGAUCUAUUAUCUGCUUAAUCUUUAUUUACCUUUCUUAUUGCUUACUAUUCUGAUGGAUUAUCUAUCUCACUGUACUUAUGCAAGACUCACAAGGUUUUUGGUUUGUCCAUCUUGCUCUAAGAGAGAUAUUUUGUUUGUCAUCAGGGGUAUACUAGCAGAAAUCAACAUAUUUUCUGAUCAUGCAAUAGUUGAGGUGAGUACAUCUAUGGAUGUUUAAUCCUUUUUCAGCUCGUAGAUAUACAAAGAGCAACUGCAUUUGUUUUCUUCAAGGAUUUUUAUACUUUGUUUGCAAAAAUUUUCAUUACAGAAGCAGAUACAUUGGUGUAUUAUUGCAGCUGUUCAUCAGUGAACCUGUAAUUUAUUACUCGAAUGCUAUCAGUUCUUGUAUCUGAUGCCUUGUCAUGUACUAAAACCUAUAAUAAUGGUGCUUCCAUGCGACUACUGAAGGACAUCACUUGUCUGCUCUUGUGUGAACAGAGGAUAGUUUAUGCCGUUGAUAAAAUUGUAUGCGUGAACAGAAGCAUAUUUGCAACUUCAUGACUUGCAUGCUUUCAUAAACAUUGUUAUGUAUGUAUCCGUUGAUGGAGUUUCCGUAUUGCACAACAUCUGCAUCUCGCCUCCCAAUAGCGAGGGUCCCUGCAGCAUUUACACCCGAUGCAUCUUGUAAGAGCUCAGUUAUACAUGUUAGGGAUUAACCGAAUAGGCUUUUUUAGACAGGGGUUAGACCAAGGAGGAAUUAAACCCCAAGGGGGUUGAGUGAAAGGGAGGGAUCCACUCAAUCCCUCCUUGGAUUAGAUCCACUUGGGGAAUUAAAAUCUUGGAACCGAACAUAGCCUCACUGGGCAAGAAGACUUGACUGACUGCUUCAAUUGAGAUACAUGGGAGACUAGGUGUACAGAAGCAGUUGCUGGUAGUUUGAGCUUGUAGGCAACAGUACCAAUGUGUUGUAACACUUCAAAAGGCCCAAAAUACUUGUAUGCAAGCUUAUGGUUUGCCCUGGUAGCUACUGAGGUCUGAAUAUAAGGUUGAAGUCGAAGGUAAACCAUGUCA